AUGUAUGAAGAGUUUAGCACAGUGACUGCAUACCGUUGGUGCCCAGUACAAGGCAGCCUUUUCCUAACCGGUCUGCCCAUGGUGGUGGUGGUGGUGGUUGGUGUGUGUGUAUGUGAGCGAGAGGUGGGUUUGCUCAUCCGAGGUGCCUGCCACACAGCUGGGCUUCCUUCAGGCAAGGCCCACGUGGCAGAAAACAAAAUGCAAACAUCUCCCUACAAACUGCGCUUACUGUUUAUUGGCAGUCUACACAGAGCUCGGUCCCCACCCUCGAGCCAGUUAGAAGGAAGCUCGCUUUGGAAUCCUGCUAGUCUGGUGCAUCCCGCGCACACUGUCCUUCGGGAUGAUUUUGGGGGGGGUGUGGUCGGGUUGUGGACAGCAGUCGGGGUACCCGGCUUUUCCCCGGGGCGACGGGCCUGCGCUGACCUCCUGCCCCCACCUCCCGUCCGCCCCGCAGGAGUGAAGACCCCCUUGUGGAAGAAGGAGCCGGCGGAGCCCGCGGCCACCGAAGCGGCGGCGGCCGCAGACGAAGGCUCGGAGGAAGAGGAGGAGGAGGAGGAGGAGGAGGAGGAGGAGGAAGAGCAGACGGCGGCGCCGGGGCGGCGGGAGCAGAGCGCGGCGGAGGGCGAGGCGGAGGGCGGCGAGGGCCGCGAGCGGGGCUCAGUGUCCUACUGCCCGCUGCGCCAGGAAUCCAGCAGCCAGCAGGUGGCGCUGCUGCGGCGCGCGGACAGCGGCUUCUGGGGCUGGCUCGGCCCGUUAGCGCUGCUCGGCGGACUGGGGGCCCCCGCGGACAGGAAGCGGAGCCUCCCGGAGCCGCCGUGCGUGCUGGAGACUCGGCGCCGGCGUCCGCGCGCCGGGGGCUGUGCGCGCUGCGAGAUCCUUUUCUGCAAGAAGUGCAGGAACCUGCACAGCCACCCGGCCUACGUGGCGCACUGCAUCCUGGAGCACCGCGAUCUGCGUGAGGCGCGGGCUGCGGGGGGCGCGGGGGGCGCGGGGGCCGGCGGGGGCCCCUGAGCGCCCCGCCCCGCUGCGAGCCUCUGUGCCCUCCGUCCUCGCCUGCCCGGCCUCCCCGCCACCUUCUCCUCUCCCCGGACGCGGCGCGCUCCCCUGCACCUUCCACAGAACUGCCCCUUCCCAGACCGCCCUCCCUGCAGCGCCUCCGCCCAGCCCGCGAGCCGGCCGCGGUCGCCGUGGGUGUCGCCGCCUGUCGCCGAGCGCCCACCCCAGGCUGGGCCCAACAUCACCUGGAGCUGGGUGCUGCCGUUAGCGCUUCCAGAGGGCUCCCGUCCCCGCGGCACCCAGUGCCUACCGCCCACCUGGCUCGAGUCGCCUGGCACAGCCUCAUAGUCCUCUCUCGGGUAGUUCAGGUCCUCUGGCCCGGUGGCAGAGGCAUCGCCUAGAUGGGUUCGAUCACCGCCGGGAAACCUACCCCUGCCUCUCCAAUCAUUCAAUAAACCUUGAAUUUAAAAUGUCAGUGUCUCCAGGUGGAAGCCAGGUGGCUCCCAGGUGACCCCUUGAGGGUCCCAGAUAAGGACCCUCCUUGCCCAUCCCAGGGUUCAGGCCAGAGGGAAAAGGGAUGGCAGAGAGCCUCCUCCCUCCAGCUCCCCAGGCCAGGGUGGAACAAAGCACUUGCAUCAAGGGCAGUCAACGGCCAUCCCCGUCCGCCCCCCCCAC